GAAAGUAUGUUGUUGUUUAUUGACUAUUUGUGAGGAAGAAAAGUUUGAGGUUUGGUGGGAAUCUGAUGCAUUCCUUACAUACACACACAUGUAUAUAUACAUAUACAUAGUAUUGCAUUUGCACUUAAGAAUUGUAGUGGAUUAAGUUGAAAAAACAAACCCAACUCUUCUUCUUCAACUUUUGUCUCUCUCUCCAUAUAUACAUAUAUUGGGAGUGUUUGACACGGGUCUUGAAUCAAACGAGAAGAGACCUUUGGACAUAUAUAUUUAUAUGAACAAAGAGUGAGAUCAAUUAAGGGAUUUUGAAAAUUUCAGUUGAGGAUAUUGACUUGGGUUUGGCUUUUCUCUAUGUAUAUAUAUAUAUGUUGUAGAGUUGAAGGGUCUCAGCUUCUAUAUAUGCAUAUGAAAGUGUAUAUAAAUGUCUAGAGAAGCCUUUGAAGAAGUGGUGAGAGGAUUUGAGGGGGUUCAAUUGAAGAGCAGCUUUGUUUGUGGGAGGGUUUUAGGUUGGUUUUUGUUGUUUCAAUUCAGCAAAUAACAGACAGGGAUGUUGAGAAAUUUAAGGUAGUUUUGAUACUGGUUGUUGUGCGUUUGAGAAGAAGAACAAUUUGUUAAUUGAUAGAUAUUCAAGGUUUUGGAGGAGAGAUCUUAAUUUUUAUAAGAGAGGAAGCUUAAUUUGGUCUCUUUAACUUUGGUUACAUACAGAUGGGCUCCACAACUGUGACACAUUUAGUUCUGAUGAUUUUCAUUUUAGCGUCAAAUUACAUGGAAAUUGCAGCACAGACAGGCUCAUCAGAUAGUCCUCCACCUGGUACACAACCCAUUUUACAUUCAGAUAAUACAGUGAGAGUAGAUCCCCUUGAUGGUUUUAAGAAAUACAGAGGAGGAUAUGACAUCACCAACAAGCAUUAUUGGAGUUCAACAAUAUUUACAGGAGUUCAUGGCUACACGAUUGGGAUACUCUGGCUUUUCUUUGGAGUUGUGUACGGAUGCUUUGUUUUGGCAACCAAAUUCUGUUCCAAAAGAAAAGAAAAGCUUAAGAGGUCAUCACUUUGCUUCAAGCAAUGCUACUUGAGGCCUGUUCUACUGGCUACAUUCUUCACACUCCUGGGAAUAGCUGCAUCCGGGUUAGUUCUGGGAUCGAACGCAAAAUUUCAUUCACAAGCAAAAGCUGUGGUCAACCUAGUUAUUGAGACAGCAAAUGAGGCAUCUGAAACCAUAUACAACACAACAGGAGCAAUGAAAUAUAUAGCAAGCGACUUAGUGAACACAUCUACAUAUGAAGCUUCUGAGGCAUCUGGGUUCCUCACCUCUACAUCAGAGAGGCUAGAUGUUGAAGCUGCAGAUAUACAAAGGGAAGCCCAGAAGAAUCGACGCUUAAUCGACAAGGGUCUCAAGAUAAUCUACGUGGUAACUAUGGUGACCAUCUCCCUGAACCUAGUUGCAGCAAUUGCUCUGUCAGUCACCGGAAUCCUGAGGUUACGGCGGGCGCUUUACUUGUUGAUGAUACUCUGCUGGUUACUGACAGUUUUGUGCUGGUUGUUGUUUGGGAUGUACUUCUUUGUAGGAAAGUUUCUAAGCGAUACUUGUAUAGCUAUUGAAAACUUCCACGAAAAUCCCUAUAACAGCAGCUUGAGCUCAAUACUUCCCUGUGACAAACUGCUCUCAGCAAAGCCUGUCCUUUCUGAUAUCAGCAGGGGGAUUUAUGGCCUCGUUAAUCAGGUGAAUGCAAAUAUAUCAGUACAAGCAGCAUCAUAUCCGACGGUCUGCAAUCCCUUCUCAGCUCCUCCCGAGUAUGAAUACCAGCCAAAUAACUGCCCACCUAAUACAAUUCAAAUAGGAGACAUACCACAGGUCGUAAAGGUGUUUACAUGUUCUGGGGCUGACAAUGGGACCUGUAAUGAUGGAGAGUUUAUAACAUAUAGUGAUUACAAAACAGUAGAGGCUUACACAAGUUCAAUUCAGAACCUUCUAAAUGUGUAUCCUAGUAUGGAAGAUUUAAUCGAGUGUCAGUCAGUGAAGGAUGCAUUUUCAGAGAUCCUUCACAAGCACUGCAAGCCAUUGAAGAAAUAUGUAAGCAUGGUAUGGGUUGCAAUGGUUGUUCUUUCAGUCAUCAUGGUGGUUUUGGUCCUGAUAUUGACAGCACAAGCUAGUCAUGAGCAGGAAACACAUUCUUCUGGGGGUUCUGUGAAACCCCACCCAACAACUACUGAAUUAGUCAAAGAUGACUCAAAUUCUAGUUCAGUCUAGACAACAGCACUCAAUUUUCAAGAUGAUCUACUGGAAGACAUCACGCGCAAGCAAAUUCCGAUAGGUCAGGCAAUAGGAUGAAGAGUUCAUAGGUAGACAUACAAAGAGAAAUCAAAAAAAAAGGGGCCUAUAACAUAGAAGUUUUAUAUCUCUUAGGCGGAUUAUUUUUCUACACCAUUUUUUAAAUAUUUGGGGAACCAACCCCACUAUACAGUGUAAGAAAAUUUUACUCCAGUAAUAGUAUCAGUGUAUCACUUCCUUCAA